AUCCCAGGCUUGCCUAGAAAGAAUCAGGAUAGGUCUUUGCUCUCUUAGAAAUGUUCUACUCCAGCAAACUCCUGAGCGUACCUCAAUGGUCUUUGACGUACAGGCCCUUGAACUCUUAUUUAGCCUUGAAUUGCAUGACGUCACUUGCCAGAGGAAAGCAAUCUUCGUCUUGACAACUGGCCAAUUGCAUUACUCCCCUGCCCUGGGCAACACUGAAAGACCAACAGUUGUCACCUGGCACCAGCAGCAAAGAAGUCCCCAAGUUUCAACCGUCAGUUUUGGGGCUAUUCUCCCCACAUUCCCAGCAAACGACUUGAAUCUGCUUUCUAUACGUGAGGCUGGAUGGUUUCCAUAAAGAAGUUCGGUUGAACUUUGUGGACCCGGUAGAAGUGGCUUUAAUUCCGGAGCGGGCUUUUCAUAUUAGUUCUAUUUCCCCUUUGGCGUUCUUUGUUUUUGUUUUGUUUUCGUUUUUACAAAGCAAUGGCUAACAAAGACACCUCUGGAGCUGCCACAGAUCCUCACGCGAACCAACUCCAAACCCCGGAAAAUAAGGAUGAAGAGAGACAUCAGCUGGAUGCAGAAGAGGAACAAAAGAAAGAACGAACGAUGGGCAAGAAAACGCGAGGCGAAAGGAUCAAAGAAUUUAAAACUUUCAUUUGGAAUCCAGACACCCGGGAAUGUUUGGGCCGGACCGCUCGGAGCUGGAGUCUGAUACUCUUUUUUUACGUCGCCCUGUACACCUUUCUGGCUGGCAUGUUCAUAUUCUGUAUGUACGUAGUCUUGAUCACGCUGAGUCCCUACACGCCGAGAUAUAGGGACAGGGUAGCUCCACCAGGAGUUACGAUUAGACCAUACGUAAAGCAAGCCUACAACAUCGCUUUCAGAGUUUCCGAGCCUAGUUCGUGGCAGCCUUAUGUGGACAACCUGGAAUGGUUCUUAAAAGAGUACGAUGACAAGGUUCAAGAAACCAGAAACAUCCCAUGCACCCCGGGCUCAUAUUUCGUGCAAGACAGCGACGAAACCACAGUGAAGAAAGCUUGCCAAUUCAAGAGGUCCCAAUUGAUGAUGUGUUCCGGAGUUCAGGAUCAAACCUUUGGAUAUUCAAAGGGGCAGCCUUGCAUAUUGCUAAAGAUGAAUCGUAUUAUCGGGUAUCAGCCUGGCUACGGCACUCCAAUCACUGUGAGUUGUAAAAUCCAGAAAGGCGAUCAAAGUCACCUCCAGUCACUAGACUUCUUCCCAAGCGAGACCUUUGAACCCAUGUAUUUCCCUUAUUAUGGCAAACUGACGCACGUGAACUACACACAACCCUUGGUAGCAAUUCACUUCACAGGAAUUACAAGAAACCAGACCCUGGACCUUCAGUGCCAACUGAACGGGAAAGGGAUUAUCAACACCGUUAACAAUGACCGGUUUCUGGGACGGAUCCUUUUCACACUAACCGUCAACAGCUAAGGCCAGAUCUCUCUCCGUUCGGGAUCACCCUUUUAUGGCAAUCAAACGUUUUCCUUGCCGUGGAAGGAGGAUGGGGAGGGAAAGACAAAAAUAAAAAUAAAAAUCCAAUUGGCCAUUCACGUAGCAGCACCAGGAAACUCCAACUCCUAUUCUGAGGGAUGGGUUUUUUUUGGUUUUCUUUGGAAAAACAAACAAAUAAAAAUAAAAAAAGAGAGCUCCCAAGAUAAGACUACCGAACUCAACAUUCAAGCACUCGAAAACAAGUAAAACCCAUCAGCCCAACAAUUUUUUUUUUUUUUUAAAAAGGAUCUUAAACGAAAAAGCAUUUCAGUUCUUUGACCCGGGGUGCAUCGGAAGGGGAUGGCAUUUGGCAUCGGAUGGAAGAGUUUUGCCAUAAUAUCACAAAUAAUUUGGUUUUAUCGUUCUUGUUUUUUUUUUUUUUUUAAAUUACUAUUUUUUAAAAAAAUUUCUCUUUGGGGAAAGAGAACCUUCGCGGUCAAUAUAGAAGUCGAUUUCUGUAUAUUUUAAUUUAACGGGCCAGUAUAGGAUAGGGAUUGUAGGAGAACCAGGCAGCUUUUUUUCUGAUUUAUUUUUGCAAUGUUGGAGAUGGAUAUUCCUAAAGCCAUGACUUAAAAAAGAGCCUUCCAAAACCUGUGAUUUAACCACCCGUCGAAGUUACAACACCCAGCGGAACGGUUAGUAGGCCUAAAGCGUAAUCUUUGACACCACCUCUCCCCAACCACCCAACCAUCCUCCCUAGUUAUUUUUUGUCCUAUUGCUUUUCCGGCUCAAUUUAGCGACAGUGACGUCCGCCUAGGCACCAUAGGCCUUCUCAAUCAAGAUAGGUGUUCCCUUAAAUAAGAGAGGAAAACGUGGGUUGUUUUUUUUUCAUGUUCACCAGCCUUGAAUGCCUUAAAUCAGGUUUGCAAAGAUAAGGCAAGAGGGAUGUCUAGGGAGGGGGGGGGCGCCUCUUGUUCUUCCGUCUUGAUCAUCUCGAGAUGUUUGGAAAGCCUUCACCCUCCAUACCGUUUUAAAUCCCAUGGGAAACAAGGACCUCCAUGGAAGGCCCACCACCCCAAAUGGUUGUGACAUCAGACUUGGGACUUUUGUGAGUCGCGUACUUCGACCCGACGUUACGUCCUUGGAACAGGGUGGUAGACAUCCGUGUGAACAAGGAGAAACCAGCAUUGGGAUUUUGCCUGGACUGCUCCCUCGUUUGCCUCCCAACGUUCCUGAUGUAGCAUUUCAGACUGGGAGGGGAAAUGGCUGAGGAAGGCGGUGGAGA